AUGAUGAGGAGAUACACAAAGCAAAAAAACUUGGUAAAACCUGCUAAGACAAGAUUCGCAACAGCUUUUUUGACAUUGCAUAGUUUUUAUAUGCAAAAGAAAAAUCUGAGAACCUUGUUUAUGUCCACUGAAUGGAAUGAGAGUGUCUAUGCAAAGGAAACUCUUGGGAAAGAAGUUGCGAGACACAUCAUCAGUCCAUAUUUUUGGAAUGACAUUGUUCAAGCACUUAGAGUUGGUAGUCCUUUAAUUAAUGUACUUCGUAUGGUGGAUGGGGAGAAAAAACCACCAAUGGGCUACAUUUAUGAAGCCAUGGAUAGGGCCAAAGAAAGUAUUGAAAAGGCAUUCAAUUAUGAUGACAGGAAAUAUAUGAAUGUUUUCAAAAUCAUUGAUGCAAGGUGGACGGAUCAACUUCAUCAACCUUUACAUGCAGCUGGAUAUAUUUUGAACCCGGGGCUCUAUUAUAAAAAUAAUGAGAUGAAGACUUUAACUGAAGAAGUGUGGUUGGGAUAUCAUGCAUGUGUUGAGAGGAUGAUCCUAGAUAAAACUUUGCAAGACAAAAUAGGGGAUGAGCUUGGUGUGUACAUGAAAGCUGAUGGACUACUUGGAAUUGAGUCGGCCAUUAGAGCUAGAACCUUAAGGUCACCAGUUGAAUGGUGGAUGCAAUAUGGUCAUAAUGUCCCAAACUUGCAACAAUUUGCUAUUAGAGUGCAAAGUUUAACUUGUAGCUCAUCCGGUUGCGAGAGAAAUUGGAGCGUGUAUGAACAUGUGAGAACCUAUAUUACGUUAUUACUAAAUUAAAUGGUAUCUUAGUUGUCCAAAGUCCUCCCAUUAAUUACUUUCUACAUAUUCUAUGCAGAUUCAUACAAAAAAGAGAAACAAACUUGAGUUAAAACGCCUGAAUGAUCUAGUGUUCAUCAAAUAUAAUAGAACAUUGGUGCGUCGCUACAAUGCUCGCAUUACCAUUGAUCCAAUUUUAUUGGAUAAUAUUGAUGAUGCAAAUGAAUGGUUAACUGGAGCACCCCAAAAUCAUGAAGAUGAAGAAGUAUAUGAAGGAGAAGGUCUCACUUAUGGUGAAGUUGCUACGGCUAGUGGUGUGGAGGAGAAUAUUUAUGGUUUUAGGGGGAGUACUUUAAGGGGCAAGGAAAAAAGAGUAGCUACAGGUUCAAGUUCAUGUUCAAAAUCAAAUAGAAGUAGAACUCUUGUUGAUGAGUCCUCCGAUGAGGAAGAAGAUGAGGACCAAGUAGAAGUAGAACCCUUGUUGAUGGCACUUCAAGAGUUUGAGGAUCUUGUUGAAGAAUAGGAUUUUGCUCUCUUUGUGAUUUGGUUAUGCAUUUGCUUUAUAUGUUGUUACUUAUGAGGAUUAUUGACUAUCUAGUUACUUUUUAAUC